GCAAGCUUGCGUGAGCAUUGCUAUUUCCGCAAUGCAGCAGUAGCGUCUCCCCCUGUUGUGCUCAGCUGGUGAACAGCAGAUAUAAAACCCUCAGAAGGAGCGCAACAGUUAAGCAAGACUGUUACUUCACUUUAGCUGUAACUGAGGCACAUACAAGCAAAUGGAUGCAUCCCUGCUUCUCUUCUUCAUUGCUGGAGUGAUAUCCAUAUCUGAAAUCAGACCAGAGGCAAUGAAGUCUGAAUGCUUUAAAACAAAAUUGGAAAUUUUUAAGCUUAUUGAAGGUGAAGCUUUUUACUUUGAGCCUUACACUCUGGAUGACCCUAAACUACCUGAUGAAGAGUUUAUGUGGUACAAAAAUGGCUCACAGAUUGAGGAAAUAACCACAGAUGAGAAUAACGAAAUACAUUACCAUGGAGGAGGACUCUUUUUCUUAAAUGUGAAGAUUGCUAAUUCUGGCAAUUACACCGCCAAACACACACAGUCUUCAGGGAAAUGUACCAUCUACAAUGCAAAAGUUGAAGUCUACAGUGCAAGCUAUCAAGGGAACCUAAACUAUCUAGCCAUUAAAAACUCAGACCAAAAUAAAAAGAUUACAUGUCCACAACGUAUAAAGACAACAUGUGAAAACUUCGUGGGAAACUUCACCUGGUACAAGGACAGCAAUCUUCUUCCGGGAGAACAUUCCAGUAACGUGUGGGUAACAAAUGCUACCAAGGACGAUGAAGGCAUCUACACCUGUGUUUGCACCUGGACACACCAUCACAGGAUGUACAACUCAUCAGCUACUAGGGAGCUAAUUCUUCUAGAGCAAGUUUCCCAUCGUGACGUAGAAAUCCUCUCUCCAACUGAAAAGGAGCAGUUUGCUGAUAAAGGCUUCAGGAUCAAGUUAAAUUGCUCAAUUUUCUGUGGGAAACAUACAACAAAACACUGUGAUGCAAGCUGGCUUGUUAAUGGGAAGGAAAUCAGUCAAAUGGAUGGUUACAGUCAAACCUCCACAACAAUAAUUCAGGAGCCUUCAAUGAAUACUAUCAGCACCGCCACACUGACAAUUGAAAAAGUAUCAGCUGAAGAUUUCCAACGCGAGUUUAAGUGCAUUGGCAAGGGCUUGUACAAAGGAAAUUAUACUAUCUUAACGCUCAAGCAAAGAGAGUCAGCCUUUCCUCUGGUCAUUGGAACAGUGUGUGUGUUGUUAAUCUGUGUGUUUGCCGUUGUCCUGGUCAAAUACUUUGCGAUUGACCUUGCUCUGCUCCUCAGACCCUACUUCAUGCGGGGUUGCCAUGACAAAGAUGCGAGAUUGUACGAUGCUUAUGUGGUUUAUCAAUCACAGAGCUUGGACAAAGUCACAGAGGACAAACUCUCCAGCUUUGUUACAAAGAUUUUACCCUCUGUCCUCGAGGAUAAGUGCGGAUAUCGACUCUUCAUCCAGGGAAGAGAUGACGUACCGGGGGAAGAUCAUCUGGAGCAGGUGGAGGAAUGCAUAAGGCAGAGCAGGAGGUUGUUGGUCAUCCUCACCCCGAAUGUAGGGUCAGGAUUUGAGAUGACAGACAAAUGUCUCACUUCACCUGAAACCUCAGACAUAGUAGGGUUUGACUGGCAGGUCGGGCUCCACCAUGCGCUGGUCCAGACAGAGACAAAUGUGAUUCUGAUCCAGCUGGGGGACAUUGGACCACAAGGGUACACACACCUUCCUCCUGGCUUACAGCACCUGAUUCGUGAGAGCGCUCCCAUUAAGUGGCGAGAAGACUCGCAGAGGGCCUCAGCUUGGAACUCUAAUUUUUGGAAGAGAGUGCGAUACUUGAUGCCAAUCACACCUGCCAAAAAAAAUGUAUUGUCUGGUAUUGUCUGAAACAUUGUUUAAUUUUGACUUGUAGUAAAUAAAAGCUGAGGAGGGUCUUGA